CAUUGUAUUUUUUGGUUAACAAAAUUUGUUUAGGUCACACUGUUUUUUAAAGUUUGCUGUACAUCUCAUGGAAAUACAAAUAUUUUUUAAAUUAAAUAAUUCAAAAUAUUUUACAUUUUAUUAAAUUGAUCAUAUUAUAUUAUAUGAUCAUAAAACUCAUUUGGCCAAGUUAUGGACUAUUGCGGAGCAAAUUUGUGUCUCCUCCUUCCAAGUUUUUGGCAACUUCGAAUUGGAGAUCAUACAAAUAAUGACGCUAUGGAUAUUCUCAGGCUGAUUUUGUUAUUUAAUCAAUCACACAUAAAUAAAAAAAAACAUACUACAGACAGAUACUUGGUAAACACAAAAAUAAGAAAAAAAACAAAUAGUGCACACGGGAAGAGGAGGAACAGAACUAAACUCAAUCCAUUUCAACCUAUGGGUAAAGACGCGCUUUAAGGGCUUAAAGUACCAAAAUCUUUAUCCUAUCUUACCAUGAAUCAAAACCAAUUCAUCUAUUCCCGAGAAAGGCGUCGCUUUGGGCGGCAGUGCCGGUUCCAAGACCGCAAUGAACUGAUGGUCAGUGUCCAUCCCAGUGGCCGCCAACGUCUGAAAUACAUCUUGCGAAACCCCUCUGUGCAUUCCACCCAACUGAGUCGACAGAUGGCCUUGACCAUCAUGGAGACGGAGAAUGUGACUCUGGAUCAUCAUGGGAUGUAUCACUACGAGGGCGGUUGGCCCAAAGAGGUUAACUCCAACGAUGAGGAGCAGACACUGCGCCAUCGCAAGAAAGUGGAGCGUGAGGAUAGCUGGGGUGAGCAGGUCUUGGAGAUGAUUCGUAACACAAUGGCCGUGGCGGAGCAGAACAAUACCCUGAAUAUCUAUCAGAACUUUUUUUCGGAUCUCCCUGCGGAGUUGGGUCACGACAUACGGAUGAGAUUUCGUGCACGGGUGGCCAAUGUGUUUCAUGAUCUCUGGCUGCCGGCCCGCAGAAUGAAAUCCAUCGAGUGGAUGCCAAAUAAUGAUCGUCAGUUUAUGACCCAGUUCACCAAUCAAUACCGAAAAACAGAGCGACUCCGUUUGCUCACGGAUGAACCGUUUGGAGAGGCCAAUGGCUUUUAUGUAUGGGAUGUGAAGAAUCCUCUCAAGCCGAAGAUUUUUUACGACAGUAAGGAGCCGGUAUCAUUAGCCAAGAUUUGUCCCAAGGACGAGAACAACAUGGUGGGUGGCACGGAGCUGGGGCAGGUCUGUUUAUGGAACACCUUUAAGGGCGGACUGCCGGUGCGGAAUUGCCCUCUGGAGGUGUCCCAUAGGGAGACCACAUCAGCCCUUUGCUGGGUCCAUUCCAAAUCCAACACAGAGUUCUAUUCGGGUUCGCUGGAUGGUUCUAUUAAGUACUGGGAUACCAGGGAUCUCAAAAUGCCCAUGCAGGAGUUACUUCUUGAACCGGAACCACAGGAGCGUCAAUCUAGGAUGGAUUCGCAUGGAGUCACGGUCCUGGAAUUCGAGUAUACUAUCCCAGUGCGCUUCAUUAUCUGCAGCGAUAUGGGUCAUGUCUUUGUGGGAAAUCGGAAAGGAAUGACUCCCACGGAAACGCUUCUGGCCCAUUAUAAACUUUUUGCCGGCCCAGUGCGCAGUAUCAACCGUAAUCCAUUUUUUGUCAAGAAUUUCUUAGUCACGGGCGAUUGGCGGGCAAGAAUUUGGUCCGAAGAGGCCAAGGAUGGACCGUCCACCAUGUAUUUCCGAAAGAACUCGCAAAUUGUUUGCGGAGCUUGGAGUACAGGUCGCUGUUCGUUAUUCGUCACUGGAGAUAUGAAUGGUGUUGUCGACUUCUGGGAUCUGUUACUUCACCAGCGAAAACCCAUUUUCUCUGUGGAUUUUAAGGUUCCCAUUGCAGAUGUCGUCUUCCGGUCGGAUGGUGAUCUACUAGCCAUUGCUCUAAAGAAUGGUGACAGUCAUAUCUUGACACUAGAUGAAUCUAUGCGACAGGCAACUGUCAAGGAGAAGGCACUUAUUGCAGCCAUGUUCGAGCGUGAAAUUGUACGGAGUAAACUUUUGGAGGCUCGUUAUGAUGAAGUUAAGCUCAAGCGGAAAACCCUUUUAAUGGCAGAGGAAGAUCGAGCGCGGCAACAACAGGAAAUGGCACCCGUCCUUGAGCUGGAUCCUGACGAUCCCGACCAGUUUGUGAUGAUGAUCGAGGGCGAUGAUCAAUUCCGAACGGCCAUUAGUGACUUUCAGGAUAUAAUACUCAGUGUGGAAAGGAAGCGAUCGAAAAGGAAGGUGAUUAUGGAGCGCACGGUCUUUGAAGAAUGGAAUCCAGCUGAUGAAAAAAUCCAGGGUGAACCUAUUCGAUAUGUAAAACCCGAUCAACAAAUGCAGAUUUUAAGAAAUUCUGUGGAAUCAAGAUCUUUGCAGGGAUCUAUGAAACCCCAAUGAACAUUUGAUUGUACAAGUAAAUUAGGUUAAAUAGGCCAACAGAUAAAAGUGAAUAUAUAUAGUA